GCCUAGCAACCGGGGAAGCCGGGCUGUGAAGCGGGCAAUUUCAGUGUGAGACCGAGCGGCGAGACCGAGCGGCGGCUCCGAGCGCGGCGCGGCAGCUCCUCCCGCCCGGGGUCAGCGCCCCGGCGCGCGCACGCGCACCCCGCUGCCCAAACGCGCCCCGCGCCGCCCGCGCAGUCGGUCGGUCGGUCGUCGGUCGUCCUGUCGCUGCCGUCGCCGCGGUAGGCGCCACCUGAGGGAGCCGCAACCGUGGGACGUGACCAGACCCGACCCGACCGCGCUGCCCGAGGCCGUCCGGGGCCCCAGCCGCCCGCGACAGGGACGCCGAGCAACUUCAGUUGGUCAGCACAUUGAUGCAAGUUGCCCUUUGACGUAGCUGUGGCCAUGGCUGACUGGUAGGACCAGUGCUUCCCGUCCUGUUCCCUGAGGCCAGGUCCUAACUGUUGAAGGAACUGGCCUCCGUCCCCAACCCUGUCUCUGCUCCUAGCUCUCUCCUCCCUCCAGUCUGGAUGCCACUUACCCCAUCCUUUGGCUUAUACUUGAACUUUGAGCAGUUCAGAAUGACUGAGGAAGCAUGCCGAACACGAAGUCAGAAACGAGCUCUUGAACUGGACCCUAUAGAGGAUGAUGUAGAGAGCAAGAAAAUGAAAAUGGAGAGAGGAUCGUCAGCUUCAGACUUAAACUCUGAUGGAGAUACAAGGGUGACACCUGAGCCAGGAGCAGGUCCAGCCCAAGGAUUGCUGAGGGCAGCAGAAGCCACAGUGAUGAGCAGAGGUGAUGGACUGGUGAGCGACGGGCCAGUGGAUAUGCGUACCUCACACAGGACUUCUCUGGAAGUGCUUCUUGAAUGGUGGUGGGUACAUGACAUGAAGUCUGAAAGGAGACCACCCUCGCCUGAUGUGAUUGUGCUCUCUGACAAUGAGCAACCUUUAAGCCCACGGGUGAAUGGAUUGACCAAGAUGGCCUUGAAGGAGACCAGCACUGAGGCCCUCCUGAAAAGCAGUCCUGAAGAACGAGAAAGAAUGAUUAAGCAACUGAAAGAAGAGUUGAGAUUAGAAGAAGCAAAGCUUGUUUUGUUGAAAAAGUUGCGGCAGAGUCAAAUACAAAAAGAAACCACCACCCAGAAGCCCACGGGCUCCACUGGGAGCACUGUGACUACCCCUCCCCCACUUGUGCGAGGCACCCAGAACCUUCCUGCUGGCAAGACAUCGCUUCAGACCUCUUCAACUCGAAUGCCUGGCAGUGUCAUCCCGCCACCCCUGGUCCGUGGCGGGCAGCAGGUGUCUUCUAAGCUGGGGCCACAGGCGAGCUCACAGGUCGUCAUGCCCCCACUCGUCAGGGGGGCCCAGCAAAUCCACAACAUCCGACAACAUUCCACCACGGGCCCACCGCCUCUCCUUCUGGCCCCCCGGGCCUCUGUACCCAGCGUGCAAAUUCAGGGACAGAGAAUCAUCCAGCAGGGACUCAUUCGUGUCGCCAACGUCCCCAACACCAGUCUGCUUGUCAACCUCCCACAGCCCACCCCAGCAUCACUGAAGGGGACAACAGCUGCCUCUGCUCAGGCCAGCUCCACCCCUACCAGCGUGGCCUCUGUGGUUACUUCUGGUGAGUCUCCAGCCAGCCGGCAGGCAGCUGCCAAGCUUGCACUACGCAAACAGCUGGAGAAGACACUGCUGGAGAUCCCCCCACCCAAACCCCCGGCCCCAGAGAUGAACUUCCUGCCUAGUGCUGCCAACAAUGAGUUCAUCUACCUGGUUGGCCUGGAGGAGGUGGUGCAGAACCUACUGGAGACACAAGCAGGGAGGAUGUCGGCUGCGGCAGCCGCCGCUGUACUAUCCCAGGAGCCCUACAUGUGUGCACAGUGCAAGACAGACUUCACAUGCCGCUGGCGGGAGGAAAAGGGCGGGGCCAUCAUGUGUGAGAACUGCAUGACAUCCAACCAGAAGAAGGCACUCAAGGUGGAGCAUACCAGCCGCCUGAAGGCCGCCUUCGUGAAGGCGCUGCAACAGGAGCAGGAGAUUGAGCAGCGCCUGCUGCAGCAGGGCACGGCCCCCACCACCACCACCAAGGCUGAGCCCACUGCUGCCCCCCACCUGGCUCUGAAGCAGGUCAUAAAACCCCGGCGUAAGUUGGCGUUCCGCUCAGGAGAGGCCCGAGACUGGAGUAACGGGGCUGUGCUACAGGCCUCCAGUCAGCUGUCCCGAGGCUCAACCACAACGCCCCGUGGUGUACUGCACACAUUCAGCCAGUCACCCAAACUGCAGAACACAGCCUCGGCCACGGCCCUAGUCAGCAGGACUGGCAGACAUUCCGAGAGAGCUGCAGGUGCUGCCAAGGGCAGUGCCACCUCCAACUGGAAGAAAACGCCCCUGAGCACAGGCGGGACCCUGGCAUUUGUCAGCCCAAGUUUGGCAGUUCAUAAGACGUCCUCCGCUGUGGACCGCCAGCGAGAAUACCUCCUCGACAUGAUCCCACCACGCUCCAUCCCCCAGUCGGCCACGUGGAAAUAGUGCGAGCCAGGCCCAGUGGAGGACAGGCUCCCUCCUCCCUCCCACCUGGCCCCUGGUCUAAAAGGACACACCACAUCGCCCUCUGCGAGCGAGUGAUGGCCAUGCUGCUGCCGAAGCAAGACCUCAGUCCUUGGUUGCAGAGCCUCAUCGCAGCUGGGGAGAGGGGUGCUGCUUCACGGUGGGCAAGGAUCAUAACUGAGGGACCUUCCCAUGGGCUUUCUUCCUUUCUCUCUUUGCCUUUAGUUUGCCCGACACCAGCAGAAAAGUGAACCUCGGGGGCUGGCUCUGCUCCUGGCCCCCUCCUUCCGCCCCCGGCAGGCACACACAGGCGGUUCAUCUUGGACACUGUGACACACUCAGGCAAGGCUGGCACCCAGGGCUUCUGAAGUCGAGCGGGGCGUUUCAUUUUCUCUCUGCUUUUCCCCAUCUUAGGUUCUCAGUCUUCGACCACCUCCCCCAUGGCAACCUAUAGGUUGAAAGAUUUUUUUUUUUUUUUUUUUUUUUUUUUUUUUUUUUAAUCACCUCAUGAUGAUGGAGUUUAAAGUAAACUGUGCAGAUCCAGGGGUCCCUGUCGUGCACAGUGUAGUCCCACCAGGCCCGUACCCUGGAGGGUGGGUCACUGAUGGUGCCUCAGCCCCCAGCAGAGAUGGCUGGCCCAACCCAGAUGACUGAUGGACACAGGGACAGCCAACAUGGCCCUUGCUUCAGCCGAAAGCCUCCAUUGCUGCUCGUUCGGAGACCCCAGACUUCCCACACGUAGCGGAAGAACAAACUGCAGCCAGACCCAGCCAGAGACCCAGGGAUUCCCGAAGCUGUGCGCUGCCCUCAAAUCAGGGAGGAGAGAAUCAGCUGGCAGCCACACCCAGGAGCCUGAGCAGGAAGGCGGAGGGGAGGGCUGCUGUGGGUUUUUUGUUGUUGUUGUUGUUGUUGUGGUUUAUUUUAUUAAAUUUUUUCCUUUUC